CUAAGUCUAUUAUAUGAUAAUCGCAUAUUUCAUGCGGCACAAACACUUGGUAUUGAAAAAUCACACGAUAAAUCUGCUUUCGAGCUCCAGACAGGACACAUGUUCCGUGGUUAUCACGAAACUGAGAGAGUAUAUGACAAGGUUCGCGGUGGUCAGAAAUGUCCCACGCUCUUUCCAGCAGCAGCUCAUCCUAUUUCUCUACGACACUCUUCAAGAUGUGACAAUCCAUCCGUUGAUAGAAUCCACUCGAACCUCGUCGUACAUCAUCUUUUUAAAGCAUCCAGGCUGAUUGACAAGAAAACAUUCACCGCAAAUUAAUUAUAAAAAUACUGAAACGAUGCAGGAUACCAAGUACAUGUUACUCGCGCGAGAGAAAGUAUCGUGAAAUAUUUGUUUCAGAUCCAAACACGAUAGCACCACAGACGACAUUAAUACAUCAUCUCUCAAGGCAUCAGGCAGACCAUCGGUGGCCCGUGCCCGAGUACAUUUAACUGCGCCGCCUCCCGCUCACCGGUAUCCGUUGCUGCGCAAGCUAGUCAACACGCUCUUCUUAAAUAACUCAAACGGCCCCUCAACUCGAACAAUCUCCAUGCUCCAUCCCAACAAAGCUAUUGCUGAAAAGAAAAAACCCCCCCUCCUUGAUAAUCGUACGAGUCCAAGGAACCUUGCGCCGCCUCCAUCCCACGAAGCCAAACUCCCACCCACCCAUCCACCGCGCUCAAUCCCAAUAAUAAAAUAAAAUAAAAAAUAAAAAAAUCAAUACGAUGUCCUGGAACAAAAACCUCUUCAACGACGACUUCUUCAAACAAGACCCCUGCAACGGCAUCGGCGACCCCGUCCUCGCCGCCUUCCUCUCAUUCCUCAUCUGCGUCCUCUCAAUCAUCAUAGAAGCAUUCGCGCACACCAUCUUCCCCGAGUCCAUCUCGCACCACACCGCCCAAAGCAAUGCACGCACGCCAUCCUCCACAUUAACGCCCGCAAAUCUACGCGCGAAACGAUUCGCCAUCGUCUCCGUCCUGUCUAUCCCCUUGAUCGUAGCGUUCUCGUACCGCGUCGCGAAAGGCGGGAUCCCUGGGUGUCCGUACCCGCACGACGAAGAGGAUUGGUGGUUGCUGAUCCUCUUCGCCAUCAUCCCGUUUAGCAAUGCCAUGUGUGCGUGGUUGCGGACGCUUGUUGAUUGUGUGGUGAUGAGAUUCGGUAUGACGUUGCAAUGCCCGCUGACGAGAAGUGGUGGACUUCGAAAAAACGGAUUAGGGAGCUGGACGCAGAAAGGUGUGGUAUGGUGGCCUGUUUUUGGCAUCCUCGGGGCUGGAGUUGUGGGGGUUGUUUACUUUGCUAGUGUUAUUGCGGGGAUUGCUAUGGGGAGGGAUGGGAGGGGGAGGGAGGAGGGAGAUGCGGAGGAAGGGGUUGAACUGAUUGAUAAUGAUGAUCGCGGAGAGGAGGAGAGUGAGCUGCCUCCUUAUACGGUGCUGCAAGAGGCUAGGGAAUGCUCAAAGUAGGUAUGGUUUAGUGGAUGUUUUCUUCGUACUUGACAAUCGUGGCUUUCCAUCGAAAUUUAUAGCGUCGUGGAUAUAAGAGUUUGUUUGGCAUUCGCAGACUAUAAGGAGUACCAGGAUACGAAUUUCAAUGUUGUUCAUGUCUGACAGGAGUCGAUAUAUCUGAACAAAGACUACAAUCCU